CUUUAACAGGGCACCCACGCCCGCCUGCUCACCCUACUCAUGCAGCAAAUUUUACUUCUCUCUCGGCUUCUGUCGCUUAGGUCCGCUUCUUAAAGAUUGGCCCCUCCUCCCACCCGUAAGCUCCUCCCUUCGCCCUCUCUCCCUCGAGAGCUUCCAAACAUCUUUUCCCCGCCCCCUUUUCUAUUUCUGAACAGGCAUGUUCCGGGCAGCUCACUCGACUCCUUAGAUUACUAUGGAAUCGGUAGGGUCCUGACCGCUGGGGAAGCAGGAAAGCGUAUCCUGGGAAGAAAGGCUUGGCUUGGACUCCGGAGAAGAAUACUACAUCGAGACCUGCUGGGGAAUUUUAUUUUAUUUUAUUUUAUUUUGGUCUUGGUUGUACUGAGGGAGGAAGAGGAGAUUGUGUGGCCCGGUCGAACUUGUGGCAGCCUGAAGGCCCCCUCAGGCGGCGCCGCGGGCAGCCCCGCAGCCGGGGCCUGGUGUAGCCGCCGCGGCCGCUGUCAGGGAAGCGCAGGCGGCCAAUGGAACCCGGGAGCGGUCGCUGCUGCUGAGGCGGCAGUGUCGGCAGUCCCACCGCGACUGCCCGCACCCCCUCCGCGGGGGUCCCCCAGAGGAUCAACUAAACCUUGAACUAAGAAGAAAAAUGUGUUGUGAGCAGGGGGAGCCUCAGCUGCCUCAGGCCGUUCAGGACAGAAGGGUGUUUCUGAAGGCCGGAGCAAGUUUUGAAGAAGUCUCUAUCAGAUUACACUUGGUUGACUACUCCGGAGCAGCCACUAAGAGGGAUGAACAGGCCUGCGUGGAAAUUGAAUGAGAUUAGUUGGGUCCACACUCCAUGAGAAUGCUGAACACCAUCCAAAGCAGCAAAUUGAGAUUCCUUGAUUUGGGGAAGAGGUUUGGGAGGAACCCUUCAAUAAUUGGCAUGGGACAAGAGGGGACCCAGUCCAAGUGUAUUUGGGACUCGCAGUAGGGAGGAACAAUUCAGAGAGCUUGGAAGCUCGAAGUCUGGCUGUGGCCAUGGGAGAUACAGUAGUGGAGCCUGCCUCCCUGAAGCCAACUUCUGAGCCCACUUCUGGCCCACCAGGGAAUAAUGGGGGGUCCCUGCUAAGUGUCAUCACGGAGGGGGUCGGGGAACUAUCAGUGAUUGACCCUGAGGUGGCCCAGAAGGCCUGCCAGGAGGUGUUGGAGAAAGUCAAGCUUUUGCAUGGAGGCGUGGCAGUCUCUGGCAGAGGCACCCCACUGGAGUUGGUCAAUGGGGAUGGUGUGGACAGUGAGAUCCGUUGCCUAGAUGAUCCACCUGCCCAGAUCAGGGAGGAGGAAGAUGAGAUGGGGGCCUCUGUGACCUCAGGCACAGCCAAAGGAGCAAGAAGACGGCGGCAGAACAACUCAGCUAAACAGUCUUGGCUGCUGAGGCUGUUUGAGUCAAAACUGUUUGACAUCUCCAUGGCCAUUUCAUACCUGUAUAACUCCAAGGAGCCUGGAGUACAAGCCUACAUCGGCAACCGUCUCUUCUGCUUUCGCAAUGAGGACGUGGACUUCUAUCUGCCCCAGUUGCUUAACAUGUACAUCCACAUGGAUGAGGACGUGGGUGAUGCCAUUAAGCCCUACAUAGUCCACCGUUGCCGCCAGAGCAUUAACUUUUCCCUCCAGUGUGCCCUGUUGCUUGGGGCCUAUUCUUCAGACAUGCACAUUUCCACUCAGCGACACUCCCGUGGGACCAAGCUACGGAAGCUGAUCCUCUCAGAUGAGCUAAAGCCAGCUCACAGGAAGAGGGAGCUGCCCUCCUUGAGCCCAGCCCCUGACACAGGGCUGUCUCCCUCCAAAAGGACUCACCAGCGCUCUAAGUCAGAUGCCACUGCCAGCAUAAGUCUCAGCAGCAACCUGAAACGAACAGCCAGCAACCCUAAAGUGGAGAAUGAGGAUGAGGAGCUCUCCUCCAGCACCGAGAGUAUUGAUAAUUCAUUCAGUUCCCCUGUUCGACUGGCUCCUGAGAGAGAAUUCAUCAAGUCCCUGAUGGCGAUCGGCAAGCGGCUGGCCACGCUCCCCACCAAAGAGCAGAAAACACAGAGGCUGAUCUCAGAGCUCUCCCUGCUCAACCAUAAGCUCCCUGCCCGAGUCUGGCUGCCCACUGCUGGCUUUGACCACCACGUGGUCCGUGUACCCCACACACAGGCUGUUGUCCUCAACUCCAAGGACAAGGCUCCUUACCUGAUUUAUGUGGAAGUCCUUGAAUGUGAAAACUUUGACACCACCAGUGUUCCUGCCCGGAUCCCCGAGAACCGAAUUCGGAGUACGAGGUCCGUAGAGAACUUGCCCGAAUGUGGUAUUACCCAUGAGCAGCGAGCUGGCAGCUUCAGCACUGUGCCCAACUAUGACAACGAUGAUGAGGCCUGGUCAGUGGAUGACAUAGGCGAGCUGCAAGUGGAGCUCCCCGAAGUGCAUACCAACAGCUGUGACAACAUCUCCCAGUUCUCUGUGGACAGCAUCACCAGCCAGGAGAGCAAGGAGCCUGUGUUCAUUGCAGCAGGGGACAUCCGCCGGCGCCUUUCGGAACAGCUGGCUCAUACCCCGACAGCCUUCAAACGAGACCCAGAAGAUCCUUCUGCAGUUGCUCUCAAAGAGCCCUGGCAGGAGAAAGUACGGCGGAUCAGAGAGGGCUCCCCCUACGGCCAUCUCCCCAAUUGGCGGCUGCUAUCAGUCAUUGUCAAGUGUGGGGAUGACCUUCGGCAAGAGCUUCUGGCCUUUCAGGUGUUGAAGCAACUGCAGUCCAUUUGGGAACAGGAACGAGUGCCCCUUUGGAUCAAGCCAUACAAGAUUCUUGUGAUUUCGGCUGAUAGUGGCAUGAUUGAACCAGUGGUCAACGCUGUGUCCAUCCAUCAGGUGAAGAAACAGUCACAGCUCUCCUUGCUCGAUUACUUCCUACAGGAGCAUGGCAGUUACACCACUGAGGCAUUCCUCAGUGCCCAGCGCAAUUUUGUGCAAAGUUGUGCUGGGUACUGCUUGGUCUGCUACCUGCUGCAAGUCAAGGACAGACACAAUGGGAAUAUCCUUUUGGACGCAGAAGGCCACAUCAUCCACAUCGACUUUGGCUUCAUCCUCUCCAGCUCACCCCGAAAUCUGGGCUUUGAGACGUCAGCCUUUAAGCUGACCACAGAGUUUGUGGAUGUGAUGGGCGGCCUGGAUGGCGACAUGUUCAACUACUAUAAGAUGCUGAUGCUGCAAGGGCUGAUUGCCGCUCGGAAACACAUGGACAAGGUGGUGCAGAUCGUGGAGAUCAUGCAGCAAGUCUUGCCAUCUACAGUCUUUUGCCCAGGAUCCCCUUCUGUCUUCAUCCCCCUCCUCAAGGCUCCAGGUUCUCAGCUUCCUUGCUUCCAUGGCUCUAGCACCAUUCGAAACCUCAAAGAGAGGUUCCACAUGAGCAUGACUGAGGAGCAGCUGCAGCUGCUGGUGGAGCAGAUGGUGGAUGGCAGUAUGCGGUCCAUCACCACCAAACUCUAUGAUGGCUUCCAGUACCUCACCAACGGCAUCAUGUGACACGCUCCUCAGCCCAGGAGUGGUGGAGGAUCCAGGGCACCCUCCCUAGAGGGCCCUUGUCUGAGAAACCCCAAACCAGGAAACCCCACCUACCCAACCAUCCACCCAAGGGAAAUGGAAGGCAAGAAACACGAAGGAUCAUGUGGUAACUGCGAGAGCUUGCUGGGGGGUGGGAGAGCCACCUGUGGGGUCGACUUGUUGGGGCUUCCCUGCCCCUCUUGCUCUGUCAGUAUUGCCACCAGACUGACUCCAGGACUCACUGCCCUCCAAAAAACAGAGGCAACAAAUGUGAGGGACACCGGGGCCUGCCUUCUCCUUGUAGGGGUCUCUGAGAGGUUCUUUCCACAGGCCAUCCUCUUAUUCCGUUCUGGGGCCCAGGAAGUGGGGAAGAGUAGGUUCUCGGUACUUAGGACUUGAUCCUGUGGUUGGCCACUGGCCAUGCUGCUGCCCAGCGCUACACCUCCCAGGGACCUACCCCUCCCGGGGACCGACCCCUGGCCCAAGCUCCCCUUGCUAGCGGGUGCUGUGUGGGCCCUGCACUUGCUGAGGUUCCCCAUUAUGGGCAAGGAAGGGAAUUCCCACAGCCCUCCAGUGCACUGAGGGUACUGGCCUAGCCAUGGGGAAUUCCCUACCCUGACUCCUUCCCCAAACCCAGGGAAAAGAGCUCUCAAUUUUUUAUUUUUUAUUUUUGUUUGAAAUAAAGUCCUUAGCCACUUG